CGACCCUCGUCACCAUCACGACUACCGUCACGACGUGGAUCCAUCGAUCCCCAAAAAGGGCCUCCCCGCAAUACGCUUCGUCGGUCGAGUGUCGUUAGUGUGCCAAGCCAUCCAUCUCCUGGUAUCAGACGUGAGUCCACCAACGGAUCUAUUUGCAAUGCAACGACAACCCAGUCAAAACCACUCCUUCGAAAACAAGGUGACACAAACAGUUCUACAGCAGUGAUGCGCGCGGCACCAGAAAAAGACAAUUCAAAUUCCUUCAUCUAUUUGCUCCUCUUCACCAUCACCAUCCGCCGAUCCGCCCACGGCGACGCCUGAACCAUGUGAUACCGACAGUUCCAGCAUGACGUCGUCACGCAGAAGUAGUGAAUCCGGCAGUCAACCAGCAGCACAACAACAACAGCGAUGCCAUCAACACCACCCAUUGUCGACAGUGAAUGCUAGUUUUAUGCGCCGAUCCAAGUGUGCAGCAUGCAAUCCCCACGCUGCCACGUCAACUACCAAUGGUGGCCUUGAUUCUAUUUCUACACAAGGAAAUGCAUCAGGAGGCAUCCUCACUAACCGUCAAAGGGCGGCUUCCCAAUCUGGUUCUUUCCAAGGCAGCUCCGGAAGCAGCAGUGGUCAAUCCGUGGUUUCCGGUCAGCGAUCUCCAUUCUCGGCAGCAUCCAACGAAUAUGGUAUUGCCAAUGUGACCGGACCGGGCCACGACAAAGGGUCUGGUACGGGGCCAUCUGCUAAUGGGGCUAACGGGGCCAAUGGUGGUGUGCCUACUGGGCGUCUUGACUCUUAUUACUAUUUCCGUCGACACGGGCGGUUGCCUUCGGAUGAAAACGGUCCUGCGACCAACGGACGAUCGUGGGCUGCAUUCGAAGCACACUAUUUUCAAUCGAGUCACUCGGCAAGUUCAAUCAUUGAUCACUCGGUCCGAGAUUAUGGCAAGCAGCCAGAUACCAACACAUUACCUUGUAAAUCCAAAAGUCAUGUCGAGCGAAUUUUAUCACGAUCGCCUACCACCCCUAUCCCUGGUGCCGAUCAUCCUGGCUCUCUCACUUCCGAUAACGCGAGUCACGAGUUUCCUCCAGACCGCCGAUCCUUGCCAGCGACUGCAUCGGCAUCCACAUCCACAUCGGCAUCGGCAUCGGCAUCGGCAUCGGCGUCUGGCUCGGAAUCAACGCAUGGGGCCAAUGCCGGUCAUGCUGUGGCUUUAUCCUAUCCUACGAUUCUUGGUGUCCAAGAGCAAGUGACAGAGACGCCUUCCGACAGCCGAUCGACUGCAACAACCAGCGCUUCAUGUUCGUCUCAGUUGAUGUGUUCAGUGGAAAAAAAUGCACGUCAACCACAGGCGCGUUUUCAACAACUUUUGGCCAAUUCCAUGUCUCAGUCGCAGCAUUUGGCCAAGCUAUCCCAGGACUUGCUUUCAGUGUCACCGAAUAAUCUGGCCAAACUUUCUUCCGACCGUUCCGAUCCACGUUACCAUCAACAAAUGCAGGAAUGCAAAGCAAUUGUCAAGUCGCAGAAACAGAUGCUGGACGAAAUGGAUAGCUUGUUAAAGGCCAUUGAACAGACAACAACGACGGUAUCCGAAUCUUUCAUCGCCACGCCUUCAUCCUCUAUUAGCUCAGAUUGGAUGGAGAACAAGGCCGCAUGGAUGCGGUGGAAUGUAAGCCGAUUGAUUGGUGGAACCGUGGGUACAGGCGAUAUUGUUGGCUAUGAAAAGACAGCCGAUGGCAUGGCAGUGGUGGUGGUUGCUGGAACAAGUGUGACAACCGAAGCGUCACUGCUUCCAAAGCACUUGGGUCCUGUGCAAGCAACGGCUGGAGUCUACCACCAUCGGUACAUAUUACAUUUGACAAGGGACGACCAAAAACACAAUUUCGCGUUGUUGCCUGUAAGUGAAUGGCAACCGGACCAUGAGGCUCAACAGUGUGAGUUGAAAGAUACUGGUUGUUCGGCCCAAUUCGGCUGGCUUCAACGGCGCCAUCACUGUCGCAAAUGCGGCCGUGUCUAUUGUCACACCCACAGCACCAACCGACUUCCCUUAUUUGAACCACAAACCGAAAGAGCCCACUGGUCGCGUGUCUGCGACAGCUGCUUUUAUCAAUUGGCAGGACCACAUUUGAUCAACAGCAGCAACAGCACCAGCACCAGUCAUUGAUAGGACUAGCCAUGCAGGAGGAUACUAUCUGUUCAAAAGGGAAUUACCAGCAAUUACAGCCUCUAUAUGAUGGUCUUCCGUAAAUGUUUCAUCCUUUCGCAGUGGUUUAUUGCAGCACCUCCGUUUCAGCUGCUCCGGUGUGAACAAAAAAAAAGUGCUGCUUUUCUAUUUGUAAUACAAUGUAACUUACAAUACGCUAUGACUUACUGUUUUCAAAGAAAAACAUAUGAAUUUCCAUUUAGUAUCCUUACUAGUAAUCAAUUCGUUUUUUUAUACCUCUUAACAAAGAUCUAUUUCUAUUUAUAGAGUCCAAUAGUCUUCAA